ACGAAACCGAAAGUGUUUGUUAAUUUCCGUAUCUUUCCCAAAGCUCGCAGUCAGAUCUGUGCUUAUGACACACAGUCGGGACUCAUAUUAUUGUCAGUCUGCAGGAAGACUGCUGCCUAAAGAAAAGCUUGAAAGAACUUUAAAAUGACGAGAAAAAGGACAAACAAAGACAGAAAGAAAGCGUUUGACAAAGCAAGGUGGAGCAACAACUCCAAGAAAGAAAGAUGGAAGAAGUCCAAAAAAUCAGCAAGUGGUGGCAGAACCUCAUCACCACCGCAGAUUCAGAGCCAAAAUGAAGACACUGUUGCAGUGUCAAGCAAUCAGAGUGAACUCCAGCAUGUUGAAGAAUGUACCAGUAUCCCACUGCCUGCAACAGGAAAAGCGGACGCUCAAACCCAAACAAGAUGCAAUGUAAAACACAAAUAUAUCCAGACUGUGGCCAUCAGUCAUAGGUCACGUCACACACAAACCGAGUCAGACCCUAGGUGUGAAGCCACAAUUCAGGGCCUAGGAAAUACUGAAAAUGAUUCACCCACGACGAAUGAAGAAGAGGCUGCUGACGAUUCUAUGGCAACACCACCUAAUCCCGGAGAGGACAAGAAGAAAGGUACAACUACACCGUCAAAGAGUGAUGCAGUAAUGAAGGAGGAGGACAUCAAGAACAAGAAUGCAGAACAGACAGGAAAAGAUUCACUAGAUGCCUCCAAGUCUACAGAAACAAAACCUACGUCUACAGAAACAAAACCAAAGUCAUAUGCUGAAGCAACAUCAAGCAAAGACUCAAAAGACAAAAAGAACCAGACAGCAGCAGCGCAGGAGGGUAAAACCCAUGACAGUGCAGCACAGAGGAAACCAUCCCCAGUGAGAGGGCCAACUGGGAAACCAAUGUUCACAUUUUAUGUCUACUUAGUACUGGACAAACACUUUAAGUUUAACAGAGAGAAGGACAAGCUUCUGAUCUGUACUGAAAAUAGUUCUAAUGAACUGCACAUAACCCUGUUCAGGCCCCUAAAAAAGGAUGGCUAUUUGAUUGAGGCAGACUUUUCUGUCGAAGAAGGUUAUGUGCAGAGAGGCAAUGUGAUCAGAUAUAAAUAUGCAGUGCAGCAACAAGGAAAAGAAAGACAGGAAAUUGCCACAAGACAUAUUCAUAUGCCUUACAAUCACUCAGAAAAAGAAAUGCACAUUUUUGAGGUCCAGGUGAUGUACUCAAGUCCAGGAUGGCUGCAGAGAUUUUUUAGAACUGCAGAUAAAAUCAUAUCUGGGACCUGGCACAGUUCUGCAUAUUUACUAUUGAACAGAUUGUUUGAGAAAUGGGAACCAUCAAACCAGGAGGCCAUGAAAACAUUUACACAGCUCUUAUACCAAUAUCAGUGGUGUUUUCUCAGUGCCAAUGAGCGAGUUUCUUACCACUUUGAGCUGACUACUCCUUUUAUAAAGGUGCCUGACCUGAUAGCAGCAAAGCUGGUUAAGAUACUGAAUGGUGAAACGGAGGGAAAGUCAGAGAACUCAGUUGAUGUCAGCCCUCUUGCAGUAGGCCUCUCAGUAUUCCAGGUGACACAUGGAUGUAAUGUCAGUCUUGGGAUUAAAGACUGGGGUUUGCUCUGUCAGCUGGUCUCAUCUGCCCCUGCUCUUAGACAAGUACAUGAAAUUCAAAAUUCCUUUCCAGCAUUGCAGUACACAGUGAUAGGUCUGAUGAACAAGUGUGCGCGCCUUCUGCUCUCAGAGAUGGUUCUGCUGGUUCCUCUCCUCCACUCUGUGAGGCAGCUUGGUGCAGACUCGGGCCGACUCGGGCCGACUGUGGAGGAACCAGACCAGACUGGACUAAACUAUGUGGAGUUCCGUGCAUACAGAGAGAGAAUGAGAGCAUGUUCUGAUAAGAGAAGAAUGAUCCUAGAGCUGGUCGAAAAACACAAGCUGUUGGCCAAGGACAAGCCUCAUCUUUUGAGUGCCUGGCUGUCCAUGAUGGCAUUUGAUGACAUAUCUGUGUUUGCCAAGUCGACAGACAUUCUGCCUGAACAAUUAAUUCAGAGCCUGAUGUUCAGAUUGAGAGAUUUUCAGUCGUACCUUCGCAAUGCUGAUCCUAAACAUACACAACAAAAUCUGGAGGUCACAGAAAAGAUUUUGACGUAUCUGUUGAACUGUGUUGAUAAGGACAAAGAAAGACUCAUGAGCUCUAAAUGGUUGGAGUCCAUCUGUCAGUGCUGCAGACACAUCCAUAAGAGCACUUGCACACUGACUCGACUCGUUCCAUCAUAUAAGGCACCAGUGCUGUCCUUUCAACUAGUGCUUAAAAUGGCUGAAAUUCAGCAUGAAUUUCUUUCAAAGCAUGGAGAAGAGAAGGAUUCAGAGAAAGUCAGCCUUUUGAAACAACUUGAAGCCUCUCAGAAGGAGUUCAGUCAGUGGAAAGACAAUCUACUGCAGAAUUGUCUGAUUCAAUCUUCCAGACUCAGUUACCCUAAAGAAAUAGAGCUUUGGAAUGCUUUCUUUGGGCUGGAGUGUUCAGUUCCCACUUUUACAGAGCAAUGGAUGUGCAGUGUAGAGAAAGGUUUGAGAAAGAGGAUCUCUGAGCUUAGUGACAUACAGCAGGUCCAGAUCUGCUGUCUGGAGACACCAGCAGAAGCUAUAGAGAAAAGCCACACCACAGUUCAGACUUGUUUUCAGGAUUUGUGGUUCUCCGCCAUUAAAAGGUUAUGCCAGGCAGGUAAAGAAGGGAAUCUACUGCAGACUCUACUACCACGCCUGAAACAUGUCUCCUCAUCCAUCUUAUCCUUCAUAAUUACCGAGUCAACAGCUUGUUUUGGAGAAGACAGAGUGUCGCAGCUACUAAAUGAUCAAUCUGCCGUAAACAUCCUCUUAUCUCAAGGAGAUUGGAGUCAAUGCAAGUUAAAUGAAGAGGCCAGUCAAGUCAUGAGCACGUGCCAGACUACUUUUGGUCAUUUGGUCAGUUCUCUUUGCCAGGGUAAUAUUCCAUUUGGUCAACUGCAGAUUAUUCUGAAACAUCGAAAACAAUUCCAAGAGCUGUAUAAAAAAUGUAAAAAACUUAUCAAACUAAAUAAAAUCACUAUUGAGGCAGAAAGACUGCUUAGUCAAAGAGAGAAAGAUUAUCAAGCUCUGCUGGAACAGAGGACACAUAUAGAUGUCCUCAUAAAAAUGGUUGGGAAAAUCUCAGAGAUGAUUCAUGUACCUGAGAACUCACAACUUGAGAAAGAACACAAGAUUGAUAUGCAGCCAGUAGGAUUAAAUGAGCUGGUGGGAGUACAGUCAUGCUUCUCCAAUGAAGAUCUAAAAGAUAUUUCCACAGGGCCAGUUCUAUACCUCAGGGCCGUCUUACCUACAGUGCUCGAUGCAGCAAGACAGAUGCAUCAAUUUCAAGACAGCAAUCUCAUUCUAAAAUCAUGGAUGGACAGAGCAAAUGCACUGGCACAUACCGUCACUGGUUCUCGUCAUCUAUCUUUGAGUCUGGAAGAAGUGCUCUCUAAAAUCUGGCAGCCUUCUCUUAGUGACUUUUUCCAGCUAGGUACACGGAUUGGAUAUGGAUAUGUGACAUUUGAGGAAGUAGACAAGGCUGUAGAGGAGUGUGAAGACAACGGUGAUGGCACUCGGCUCAAGAAAGAGAUGGAUUUUAUGGCCACUAAGCUUGAGACAUAUCCAGGUCUGGAAAAAAACUGGCCAGACCUAAGGUUCAGUCAGAUCCAGGAAUACAGACAGCUUCACCAUGCAGCAGAGUCUGCCAGCGCAAUACUGAAGAUAAAAUCAAGACUUAAUCUGAAAGGAGACUUCAGCCAUAUAUGCAGUCUUACUCAACUGAGCGAAAAAUCAUUCAAAAAGAAGCAUCUAGCAUCGCUGAGCAGUGACCUUAUUAGUGCCAAGCAAAAGCUUUCUCACAUCAACCAUCAGCAUACAGCUUGUCUGGAGGCGUUCCUGAAGAGUGAAAAACUCGUCGACUGGGUUAAAGCCACAAUUGAGAAUCGAAGCGAGCUGAAGGUGUUUACGGAUUUGGCGUCUAUUUCGGCUGGAGAGAAUGACCUUGAGAUUGACAGACUGAGAAGUUUUCAAGACGCUGUCUCGGGUUACAGUCCAUUGUUAUACUCUUUACGUGAGGAAGCAGGUUUUGAAGAGUUUAUUGCCCGUGCUCAGGAGGUCUGGGAUGCUGUCCAAAAAGAUGAAAAACUUCCAGAAAAACUGAAAAACUCCACUUGUUUGUUAGACUGGCUUAAAGGACUGAGUGAGACUCAUGGCUCUGUGGAAAAGUCCUCUCUUUAUUUCGCCUCAGCGAUCAAUACCCAUGGUGUGUACCAUGUUGGCUGGCCAGCUAAUUCUUCUGGAAAGAAAUCCCUGGGCAGUGUUUUAUGUGUGAAGGUGAAAAACAGCGUAAUGGAAAAUACACUCAGUCUUGAUCAAUUACUGGACUUACAGAACAAACUGAUGCUGAUGUCAUCCCAAGGAGAGCAUGGCAAGGAGCAAGUAAACAAGUUCACAGAGAUAUUUGAGGGAGUACAGAGAAUGGGAUGCAUCCUCAUGCAGCUAUGUUCAUCUGGCAACUUAUUCUUCCGGGACAUGUUUGCACUUGUAAAUUGCAAUCAGGAAAUGGACCCCUGCAUUAACCUAAACGUUCCCUUGCUUAGGAAAGACAUUGUGUAUCAUGGACAUGUUGCAGAGGAGCUUCAGAAAGUAUGCCGCACUAUGGAAGACUGCCAUGAAAAUUGGUGUAGCUUCAUGUCUGAGCUGCGGUCUCAAUUCUAUGAACUAAAUUAUUACACCUCAGAACAAGUGGUCUAUCUUUGCCACUGGAUUAACAAAAUCUGUGAAAAAGGAAUGCCUGUGCCACAACAAAUCUGGCACUUGCUCAGUCCACUUAAGCCAGACAGUACACUGAGAGAUAUCAGACUUGCCUUUGCAAAGGCAAAAGAGAGUCUUCAGUCUGAGUUUCAAAGUCACUUCAGCUCUGACUCAGAGUUUGAACAGUCUGUGGAUAUUAGCAGACUCGGAGGGCACAAAGAAAACGCUAAUAUUGAUGAAGACACUGAAGUAGAGAGUGUUGACAUUGACACUGAGGAUAUGCUAGAAGAAUCUAGCUCUGUAAUAUCUUCUGAAGAAUAUUGUGAAAGGAACAGGUAUCAGGAGGAUACUGAAGAAGAAGAAUAUGUGACUGAAGAGGAUCAGGAUGAGUUGGAGGAUGGUAGUGAUGAUGGUUCAAAAAAAGAUAUGAUGAACUUUUAUCUCUCUUCCACACAGACCCAUAAAUGCAAAAUUACAAACACAGUUAUGGAAACUCUUGAGAAUUUGUGGCAGGACUUCAUGAAUAACAUGCCCAAAUACCUUACACAAUACAUGGAUAUUAAGAUCCUUGCUCAGUUUCUUUCCUGUUUCUCUGCUUUGAACAAACUAAACAUCAUGCGUAAGUUGCCAUCUAUUCUUCAAGAUGGAAAGCCCAAUCUCAUUCUUUGCCCUGCUGCAGAAAUAAUAACCACCACACUUGCUUUGUACAUGAAAAGCCCAGAACAGGCUUUUCCCUCAAUUGAUGAAGUUCUAAUGUGCCAAGAGGACACAAGUGAAGAAGAGGUUGAGAUCUUUCUUCGGCGAUGCCUAGGCCAAGGUGCUCCAAGCCACCAUCAGAAAAUCUAUACACUGGUUAAUCCAGGUUUACUGACCUAUGAUGUAAGUGUGGCUCUGGCAGAGCGAUUUGAGGCAAUGGAGCGGAGUGCUGGAUCUAAUUUUCGCAUGGUUAUAGUCUGUCCUGUGAACCAAGACAGAUAUAUCCCAUCAUUUUUUAGCAACUACAAGGUGCAAGCAGGAGUGAAUGUUUCUUUAGAAAGUGCCAAGCAAUACCUCCAGCAUCAUUUAACUACUCCAUAUGUUCAAGGACAUCAACGUAAGGUGUUUCCAGAUGGUAUUUCAUCCUGGUUGAUUACCUCUAGACGUGCAGCUGUUGGAAAGUCACUCUAUGUUACAAGGAUGUUCCAGAAUUUCAAGACAACUUUCCCAAAUGCCACUUAUCUGCCAGUGAGACUGGUAGAACCCAAUGUUGAUUUCGAUUGCUUAGUCCAAACACUUUGUGACAAGCAGUCAUCAAUAAAAGAACAAGAUCCUGUUCUCCUGCACAUUGACACUGCAGCUGUCCGUUGUGGUUUGGAGGAGUUCCUCUUCAGAUUUCUUAUUCUAGGAUGUCUGAGUGACAGUGAAGGAAAACUAUGGAGGAGAAAUUCAGCCCACUUGAUAGCAGUUGAAGCAAUUCUGCCAGAUUCUCCUCAACUUGGACAAUCCCAUAAAGAGUCAAACCAAGGGCUUCUCAGCUUGCUACCAACCAUUCACUGUAAACCCCCCAAAGAAGUAAAAGAGCUGGAGCUCACAAUCAGAAAUCGUGAGAAACAUAAAUCCUUAGACCCACUGAUGGACAGACAAGAGUUUGAAAGUGAAGGUGUUCAGAGACCUUACCAGUAUUUAAGGAGAUUUAACAGAAAUCAGGAUUUGGAUCAUUUCAAAUAUCAAGCUGGAUCUGUGGAGGGCAAUAAAGUUGAUUGUCUUCAUCAUCUUUUGUCAAACUGUGGACUAAAGGACCCUUCAUGGGCCGAACUGAAGCACUUUACUUGGUUCCUAAACCUGCAGCUCAAAGAUUGUGAGAAUUCUGGAUUCUGUGAUCCAGACUUUUUUGGUAGCAUAUUGAGUGGCUUCAAGAGCUUCAUAGUCAAAUUCAUGAUACACAUGGCCAGGGACUUUGCAUCUCCUUCCAUGAACAUCUCUGAUCAAAGCCCUUCGCUUCUCUCACACAGUGACCAUCAAGAUGAUCUGUUAUCUAGGUUAACUAUUAGGAAGCAAUGGGAGAAUGAAUCUCAUCCAUAUAUAUUCUUUAAUGCAGAUCACUUGACCAUGACCUUCCUUGGUUUUCAUGUGAAUAAAAAUUCCAUCGGAAAUUCUGUUAAUGUUGUUGACCCACAAACUAAAAAUGUUUUGAUGGGAAAUGUGAUGUCAAGUGAUCUGUUCACAGGACUUCAGAAUCAAGGGAUUUCAUUUUCUGAAGACUUUGACAAGCUGCCAAGAAAUACCAAGAUAAAAAAGCUUUCCAUUGUUGUUGGUGCUCAGAGAAGGGAAUCAUUUGACCCUGAUCCCACAUAUGAGCUCACUUCUGACAAUGUAAUGAAGAUGCUGGCCAUCCAUAUGAGAUUCCGGUGUGAAAUACCAGUGAUUAUAAUGGGGGAAACUGGUUGUGGGAAGACCAGACUAGUAAAGUUUCUUUGUGAUCUGCAAAGGGAAGGUAGACAUGUUGAAAACAUGAAACUGGUUAAAGUUCAUGGGGGAACUACUGCUGACACUAUAUACAAGAAGGUGAGGGAGGCUGAAGAACUUGCACAGAGAAACAGUAAAAAUUACAAACUGGACACCAUUUUGUUUUUUGAUGAGGCCAACACGACAGAGGCCAUCUUUGCUAUAAAAGAGGUACUCUGUGACAAGACUGUGCAAGGAGAACCUUUGAAGAAAAAUUCUGGACUGAAAAUAAUUGCUGCAUGCAAUCCCUACAGGAGGCACACUGCCAGAAUGAUUGAACGCUUGGAAAGAGCUGGAUUGGGCUACAGAGUAAAGGCUGGGGAAACAAAGGACCGACUUGGUCAAGUUCCCAUGCGCCAGCUUGUGUACCGAGUUCAUCAGUUACCCCCAAGUAUGAUCCCCCUUGUUUGGGACUUCGGGCAGUUGAGUGAUUCAGCAGAACAUUCUUACAUCCGACAAAUUGUACAGAAACAAAUUGAAGAACAUGGCUUGCCAUUUCAAUGCCAGGACGACAUCACUCAAGCUUUAGCAGCCUCUCAAAGGCAUAUGCGUCAUCAGGUGGAUGAGUGCAGUUUUGUAAGUCUUAGGGAUGUAGAAAGAUCAAUGAGGGUGCUAGUGUGGUUCUACAAACACAGACAGCACCUUUUUCCAAAAUGUAUAGAGACUGACAUUACACAAAUGACCUUUAAAUGUUUGGCUCUUGCUUUGGGUAUUUGCUAUUAUCCAUCACUUGAGUUGAGAGACAAGUAUCUGCAGAAUAUUAGCCGGUUCUUUCCACCACCACUCAACUCCGAACGGGCAUUGCAGCUUGAGAUUUCCUCUUGCCAAGACUUCUUCCUCCAGAACAUUCAAACAAGAGAGACAAUUGCUAAGAAUUUAGCAUUGAAAGAAAAUGUCUUUCUCAUGGUUGUCUGCAUUGAGCUGAAGAUCCCACUCUUCCUGGUAGGCAAGCCAGGGAGCUCUAAGUCUCUUGCAAAGACUAUUGUAACUUAUGCCAUGCAAGGGCAGGCCUCUCAGAGUGAAUUGUUCCAGAAGUUUAAAGAGGUGCACAUGGUGUCUUUUCAGUGUAGCCCUCACUCGAGUUCAGAAGGGAUCAUUGGAACUUUCAGGAGUUGUGCUCGUUUUCAAAAAGACAAGAACUUAGAUGAGUAUGUAUCAGUGGUAGUGCUGGAUGAGAUAGGAUUGGCAGAAGAUUCUUCUCAGAUGCCUCUGAAAACCCUACACCCACUUUUGGAGGAUGGCUGCAUUGACAGUGACAGGCCAGAUCCGCACAUGAAAGUGGGCUUUGUUGGAAUCUCAAACUGGGCUCUUGAUCCUGCUAAGAUGAACAGAGGGAUUUUUGUUUCUCGUUGGGAUCCAAGUGAAAACGAGUUAGUGGAGACAGCCAAAGGUAUCUGCUCAUCAUCCGAGUUAGUUCGUCACAAAAUCAGUCAUCUCCUGCCUAAAUUGGCAAAAGGCUUUUUAAGCAUUUGUAAAAGUGACAUCGAUCAAUUUUUUGGACUCAGGGAUUAUUACAGUUUGGUGAAAAUGAUUUUUGCUCUAGUUAAAAACACAAACCGUGAGCCCAAUGACAGCAACUUAGCAAAGGCUAUACUGCGAAAUUUCAGUGGACAAAAAAACAACUUUGAUCCUCUCUGUCAGUUCCAAGAUCUCUUCUCCAAACCUCAUGAAAUUCCUAUGAUAAGCACACUGGAAAUGAUUAAACAAAACCUUGAUCACAACAAUGAAGAAGAAUGUCGCUAUCUUCUUUUGCUCACAACGAACAACGCUGCUCUACACAUAAUUCAGCAGUGUAUUUUUUCAAAAGAUGGAUACACCUGCCCUGAAAUUGUGUUUGGUUCAGGAUUUCCCAAAGAUCAGGAGUAUGCUCAAAUCUGCCGCAAUGUCAGUCGAGUGAAGAUGUGUAUGGAAACUGGCCGGACAGUCAUCCUCUUGAAUCUGCUUAACCUAUAUGAAAGUCUGUAUGAUGCGUUGAACCAGUACUAUGUUUACUUUAGUGGGCAGCAGUAUGUCGACCUGGGUUUAGGGUCACACAGGGUAAAGUGUCGAGUUCACAAAGAUUUCAGAAUGGUUGUGAUAGAGGACCAGGAAAAAGUCUAUGACAAGUUUCCUAUUCCUCUGAAAAACAGGCUGGAGAAGCACAGAGUAGACAGGAGUACAGAUUUGACUCAAUGGCAGCAAAGAGUUCUGGAAAAACUCAAGAACUGGGUUAAUGAGUUUUCUCAGUAUCCUGAGGCAUCGGCAUCAGAUUUUAGCUCGUCCGAUGCCUUUGUUGGUUUUCAUGGAGAUGCUUGUGCUAGUGCUCUCCUGCAGGCAUUAGAACAAAUAGAAAAACAGAAUCAUCAGACUGUGGGAGAUCAAGUUGACGCUAACAUGCCCAGGAAGAGGAGGUCCACAGAGGAUGACAUAAAUGAACAUAAGGAACACAUCUACUAUCAAGAAGAAGAAGUUAAGUCUUAUGAUACUGCACCCAAUGAUGACAAGGAAAGUGCUUUGACAGGCAUUGAUACAGGAAAGACUCUCCUCGAUGAAAACAAUGAGGGACUUGUCUUAAUGGAUGUAGAUGACAGUGAGGGCAACACUGAAGCUGAACAAGAACAAGAUGCUCUUGGGAAAAUUCCCGUGUCUGUAGAUAUGGAUAUACAUCCAGAUGGCCAAGAGGAAAUAAGAUUAAACGAGCCAAAAGAAUCCAAAGAUGAGGAGGAAGAGGUUUAUGAAUACGCCAAACACUUCUUGUUGAACUGUUCAACACCAGAUUCUGUACUGAGGCUAAAAAAAUCGGGGCUGGGAAAUAAUGAGGUAGAAAGGCUUCAGAGGCUAUAUUUUCAUCAGCAAGACCACCAUUCCCUCAGAGCAUUUAUGCACAGUCAUCUAAAGAAGAGUGACAAGGAAAAGAAGAGAUUUAUAGAGGUAACCACCUUUUCUAGUCUGCUAACUAAAGCAGAUUUGCAAAAUCUGGCCCAAGCUUUGGGUCUGUCCGUGGAGCGUCUCCUUUUGCUCUCUCUGCACCAGUUUGACACAGAAGCUUCUUUCUGCAGCAAAAUUCGACAAUUCCUGAAGACUGCACAACUGUCUCUGCAUGUCCUGUUGGUUCAGAUGGAUAUGGAGGAAUCACUCUGCAAAAAUGAGCUCAUUUCUUCUGCAAAGUACUGCACCAUGAAUGAACUUUUAGCUUCUCAGUCAGAAGAUCCCAACUGCUAUAUUGUGUUUAUCACAAAACUCUCAAGGAUUGCAAGUGGCAAUAAGUAUAUUGGAUUCCAGGGAGGUGCAUGGAUUUCGACACAUAUUGAUGAUCUCAGAGACACCAAAGACAUGAGCUUGGAUCUCUCUGUUUUUUGUGGAACACCAAUCAGCAAGCUACUCUCUGAGCCAGUACAAUCUGAUACCAUGGAAGUAGAAGAUCAAGAAGAAACCACAGUCAAAAGCCAAUCAGACGAAUCUGCAUACCUGCACAGUUUGUCUUUGGUGAAAUCAUGCACUCAGAAAGCGGUUUCACUUCUUAGAGAUUCUAUUAAUAAAGCUUCUAGGAGUAUGGAGCGAAUGGACAGUCUUCUCGGCCUUCUGGAAAACGACUUGGGGUGUCAUGGAGCACGUUUCCAAGAAGUAUUGCUGAAGCGAAUGGUGGUUGCCCUGACGCAAAAAGAGGAGUGUAUGCUCAAUUCAGGAGACUGGGUGAACAGAGAAAUAAUGAAGCGGGAAGCCUUGCAAGAAGGCGGCACUCUCAGGCACACUCUAUGGCGAUGUCUACAGGGAGUUUUGACCCCAAUUCUGGCCUGUAUAUUAGAGGUGUUGGACAGAGACUGUAAUCUGGACUUGUUGUAUGGUGAAGGGCUCAGUGAGGGGCUUGUCCAGUUCUGGCUGGACAUCUUUGAUGAUGGGCAGAUUUUAGAAUUGCCAGUUCCACAGAACUCAAGCUCCUCAGAAGAAGAGAUUGAUGUGCAGUACAAUCUAGUGGUGGGAGGAGAGGCACACACCUGCACUGCUCCUUUUAGUUGGCUCAUCAAACUGUACUGUCAUAACCUGUGGGAGGAGGCUCAGUUUGUGCAGGGUAUUGAACAGAGCAGCCACAAGCGAAUCCAGCAGUUUGUAAGUGCCGUGACUGCCAGUCGGUUGGGUGGCUACAUGGAAAAGCUCUCAGAGAGGGAGCGCAAAGAAUUGGGCCAGAGAUAUCUCACUGAUUUUGUGAAACUCUCCUUCGAAAUCAAGACUGAAGACGAAGUGAGGGUGUUCAGUGCAGCAGUGUUAGCUUGUGUUGCAGCACUGCAGCAAGAGAUGGGAGUGACCCCUGAUCUUUCUCCAGCCUGGAUCAUGGCAGCAGCCCAACACUUCAGUCCACGACUUGAUACACUCUUACACAUUCUGCAGAUCCAGCCUCACUUACCUCCUCUCAUUCUGAAACAGAAAGAUCGACCAGAUAUGCAUGAAGACAUUCAGGCACUCGGGAUAUGUGUGGAGGAGACUAAACUUCAGUUGAUUACAUCUUUAUCUCAGUGCUCAGUCUUUUUGGGCCGAGUUGAAUUGCUGCAGCCCUGCUUGCAGAGAGUGUUCAGUCCCACAUACUGCUCUCUCUGCAGCCCUGGCUGUCUCAAACAUCUGGAUGCUAUAAAGUCGGUAUGGCAGGGGAUGCUGGUGGUAGCUGCUUUUAUCGAGCAAGUUGUAAUGAAAGUAAAUUCACGUGAUGAGAAGCUGGUGGCCUUGUCACUUAAACACUGCAGCCAACUACAGCGGCUGAUGGAGGAGAGCUCUGAACUGCAGAGCAAAGCCUGCCUACAGCAGCUCAUCCGCAUCCUCAACGCGUACCAUAAGGAAUCUAUAAGCAGAGAAUUACGGUUUGGACUGAUGUGUCCUGUGUGUCUGGAGUACCUGGCUAAACCUUGUGUCCUACAGUGUGAACAUGUGUUCUGCCUAUCCUGUAUGGAGAGAUGUAUGCAAGGAGAGGAAGCAAAAUGCCCUAAGUGCAGGACACAGCUUCCUCCUGACUAUCAGCCAGCUAUCUCAGUCAGCAUAGAUUCGGCCCUGAAACAACAUAGAGAAUUAAGGAGAUGCUGUAACUCCUUCUUUUUGGAGGUGAUCUCUCGUUUCUGCUUUUCCAAGGGAAAGCGCCCCCAAGAGGACCUGGUGGAGCUGCUCUUCUCUCUGCUUAUCUCAGCACAGGGAGAUGUGUAUAAGACAAGAGAGCUAACCCCGUUCCUGGAAUGUGUUGACCAGAGUCCUGUGGUACGGUCUGUGUUGCCUAAACUCUUACUGCAAUACAGUUUUGACCAGGUAAAGGGACACAUUCAGACAUAUUUGAAGAACCUAGAGGACAAACUCCUGGAUGAUGAAGACAGGAUGGAACUUUACAGACUUUUUGUCAACUGUUUCCAGGAUUCUUUGUUUUGUGCGGAUUUAAGUGAAACUCUGGAGGCUAAAGAACUUCAGGAACAUCAGCAGGAAGACAUAAAAUUUCUCAGUCGGCUGGCUCGCAAGCAGACGCCAUCCAGAGAACGGCAGCCAGCUGAGUUUCUUCUGUCCAUGGCCCGUUUCAGGAUGUGUCUGGACACUGCUGCUCACAUACUGCCCAGGGCAGUCAGCCAUCAGAGUGGAGAAUGUGUUGAAUGGGAACAAAGAAUGUUAGAGCAGGUGAAGGCAGUGUGUGAGUACUCUAAGAAUGACUGGUACAGAGUCUACCUGCUCAGAACGCUUAACAGGCAAGCAGGCACAGACUGCGUACAAGCCGUGAUGAACAGCACCUCGUAUGAAUGGGUCUUUCCUGCCGAGCUCCUGCGACUACAGAGGUUGAUUCCUGUGGAGGUGGAUCGAUUUCUGUGCUGCGGAGAGCAGUAUCGCACUGUCAGAAAUGGAGUGGGCCAGGCGCUGAUGGAGUCCAAUACAGACGCACUUAAAGCCGCGCUGCAGAAUGUAAGCAGUUCAGAGUCUGUGAAGAGUGUUCUCCUGGCUUUGGCCUUGUUCAGACAAGUGACCUGCCGCAUAGAGUCACCUGACCCAGUCAUGCGCCCUGGAGCAGAGGAGUUAGAGCUGCUGAAGGACAGUGUGAGGAAGAGUAUAGCAGGGUCAGGGUACCUGCGUGAACUCUGCAACAGCCUUUUAUCAAAUCCAUCUGAAGGUUUCAUGUCUCACCUGCAUGUUUGUGCAAGCGAAUCAGCACAGAGGCGUCUUCUUCUGGAGCUCCUGGUUCAUGCCAUCGCUGUGUUCCAUAGCGGAAGUCAAAUUCUCCAUCCUUUCCACGUCGUUGCCUCUAAGCCACAGGCUAUGAGGGACUCAUUUCUUCCCACCAUGCCAGAUGACAACACCAGUAUGGUCAUUCAGGGAUUAAAAGAAGGAAACCUGAAGCUGUACUACUGUAAAAACGGUCACCUGUCUGUGGUUGGGGAGUGUGGGAAGCCAAUGAUUGUAGCAAAGUGUGACACAUGUAAAGUACCUAUUGGUGGUCGAAACCACAAUGCAGUAGCUGGAUUCACUCUAGUCCAAGGCAGUCUGCCUGAUCAGACCCGGCCUGGCCAUAUCCUGGAUGAUGCUGCCCGCAGAUCUGAAGCUCCAAACAGAGAUCUGUCCAUGGCCCAGUCCUGUUUACUGCGUCUCUUCCUUCAUCUGGCCAUGCUGCAUGGAUCCUCUCUCAAUCACCAGGGUAUCAGAGCAAUGAUUCACCCCGAAGUAAAUAAUGUCCGAGAGUUUCUGUGGCGCCAUCUUGAAAAGGACAUGGAGGUUCUGGGGAAGACUCUGAAUCUGAACUGGGAUGAUAUAGCCAUCAUGGUUCACCUGAUCCUCAACACCUCUGCACAGCUCCCCACAGUUCGUAGCCAGCAGGGGGCAACAGAAUGGUCUUCACGACAUGCUCGGGAGCAGUGGGAGAAGCGGGUUUGCGAAACAGUCAUCAAUCCUAUUCUAAAGGAUUUGAACAGACAUUUAAGUGAUGCUCAGGAACAGGUUGCAGCUGAUGAUAAGCUGUCCAGCAGCGCUCUGAUGAAGAUGCUAAAGGGAGAUCCUCGUUCCCUCUUUCCUCUCCCCUCUGAAUGUCCAACCCAUCAUGCAUCUUUCUGGACACCUCCAGACACCCUGACUGUGGAACAUCUCUGCCAGCUUAUUGCCCAAAAGCAGGCGGAGAAACGAGUUCCUCUCCUCUCACUGUUUCUCAUAAAAGUGCAGUACAUUAGACACCUGGCUUGUCUUCCUGACCUGGCAGCCCUGUUGUCAGACCUGAUACGAAUAGUGCCGACAGACACUGAGACACACUCCUUACCCAUCGCGACACUGCUUCACAACAUUCCUGCAGGCCUCCAUAGGAAUACACUCAAAAAAAGGCUACAGAUCUUCUUCAGGGUGUGGAACCAUCUCAGAAUGGAGCUAGCUAAUAACACUGCUUUAGGUUUGGCUCCUGAACUAUGUGCGAAGGACAUAACCAUGGACAGUUCUAGUCAGUUUCUCUGCCUGAGCAGUCACGGACCAGGCUCGUGUCUCCGUGCUCUCAUUGAACAGCUUUCUGAAACUCACAACAGCCUGGUGCGAGAAGCUCAGAAACUCAGUCACCAGGAAGACAGUGACUACAGUGUUCCUAUUGGUGCAGUGUCUGAGAGCCAGCUGGCUCUGUGCCACCCAGAGAAGGAACUUCUGCCCCUGGUGUUAGCUCACUGCCACUACACACUGCUGAAGGGUCAACAAACCGCCAGUGACUACGACCUGCAGGCUAUCGAGAAACAAUUUUACAGACGCUUCUUAGCUGGCAAACCACGCAUCCUAACAGACACUGAAAAGUAUCUAAAGAGACAUCAUCAAGAUUUUUCAGUAGUUUUAAGAGAUGUCAGAAGCAAGAUACCCCAGGAGCCGCUGAAGGGCUCAGUAUGCGCCUCAAUAAGAACAGUCCUGCGCUCCUUCACUGAAGUGUGUGACGCUGUAUAUGCUCUGGAGAUUGGCUUGCGAUUCCUGGGUAAAACUGGAGGAGAUCCCAAAUUCCAACUACUGUCCUAUCUUCAGGACUCUCUCAAGAUGAAGCAAUACAUUUCCAGCAAUGUAGCCAAGGCUCUCGCAGAUGUCAAGCUGGAUCAGUGUACAGCCACAUGGCAGCUGCUGACCUGCUGGAAGAGCGAGCUGAAGCUGAGGAGAGGACAGGACCCGAUCCCAAGACUUUCUAAAGAGUAUAGAGAGAUGCUUUCUGCCGAUUUGCAGAAAGAAUUGAACGAGUUCCUGAACGUCACUGAUGUUGAACUUUUCACUUUGGAGCUUCAUGAGAUCCUGCUUUUGAAGACGGACAUCAACUCAGAGAACAGAUACGGUUCUCAAUGGGACAUCAAGUACACUCUGGAAUUACAUUUGGAAGAAAAAGGAGCCCCGGCCUUGCCUGGACUAGACAAUCUUUCAGAGGAGAUCUGUCUCAGCAAAAGUGCAGAGGUCUGGAGGCUUGCAGUAAACUUCAAGAGAUGAUCGUGUCUCUCAAAUCUAUUCCAUUGUGAUGCAUAGAUCUACUGUAAGCUACAAACCCUAAAGUUGUAUGUUCCCUCUCUAUUUACCCACUGACUUUGUCAUGUAAAUUGACUCGGGGUCUGAAUGUGAAUUCAGUCCAGAGCAGGUCUUGAGUUACUCCGUACUAUUUGUUGCUCUACAAUCAUGUACUUAAAUAUGUUGGUAUGUACAUGAAAAUUAAGCCCACACAGACACAAUAAGACAGAGAUAAUAUUUUGAAGAGUUUGUUUCAUUACUGAUAUUUUCUCUCAGCCAAGCACCUGUGUAACUGAAUGUGCCUACGGUUAUUGUUUUGAUGUCAAAACCAUUAGUGAUCUGCCAAAUAAUGAGAACGUUAUUGUUGAUAUAUUCUAAAUCUUUCUGUCUUUCCUUCUUCCUCAAUUCCUUCCUAAUUGUAGCGGAAAUAAGAUUCGGAUUCUUUCCCUGCACUAAAUACUCUUUUCUUCCUCUAAAGUUGUAUAUAGGUUUGUCUUAUACUGUAUACAAAUAAAUAUUUGCUGCCUGAAUGUGUAAUGGUGUCAAAUUUUCAUUUUGUCCAUUGGCAGGCUAUAUUCUGACAAUGCUUGUAUACUAUACAAAGACUUAAGAUUGCUGUAAAACAAUUGUAAUAAAAACUGGAUGUAUGCAAGGUGGAAAACUGUCCCAGAAGAGUUGAAGCUGUUAUAGCUGCAAAGGGUAGACCAACUCCAGAUUACAUUCAUGUGCAUGUAAAGGCAGACGUCCCAGUUUUGGCCUGGCUCACUGUCUCCAAUCUAAUUCAUCCCAGAGGUGUUCUAUCAGGUUGAGGUCAGGACUCUGUGCAGGCCAGUCACCAAACUCUCUCAUCCAUGUCUUUGUGCACUGGUGUGCAGUCAUGUUGGAACAGGAAGGGGUCAUCCCCAAACUGUUCCCACAACGUUGGGAGCAUGAAAUUGUCCAAAAUGUCUUGGUAUGCUGAAGCAUUUCUUUCUAUCUUUAGGUUAAAAACCUGCAUGUUAACUGUCUGUUGAACUGCUGUGACAAUUGAAUUUCCUCACUGUGGGAUUAAUAAAGUUUUUACCUACCUACCUACCCAACCUAUCCAUCCAACCUAUCCAUUCAGCCAUCUAUCUAUCAUCUAUCUAUCUAUCUAUCUAUCUAUCUAUCUAUCUAUCUUUUCA